GUUAAAUUGCCACAUACUAUGAUGUCAAGAAAUAAUUUGGAGGCAUCUAUUUGUAAGAUGACAGAGCCAUUUAAUUUUGAGAAAAAUGAAAACAAGAUUCCGCCACAUGAUUCUUUAAGAAGUCCUGGAGCACAUGCUAACCACCCUAAUUUCCGGUUGAAAAGCCCGGAGAAUGGAAAUAAAAAAAACAGUUUUUUGCUUUGUGAGCAAACCAAACCGUAUUUGGCUAGUCAAGAAGACAAUUCAGUAUCUUCAAACCCUAACAGCAUCAAUGGAGAGGUGGUUGGAUCCAAAGGAGACAGGAAGACGUUGUCAACAGGAAACUCAGUGUCCCCUUUAAAUGCCGGAAACAAUUCACCACCCAAAGAAGUAAAUAGUAAGCCUAGCAAUAACGUGCCUCCUGCAAAGUCAAAAAAAAUACACAAGUUGGUUGAGAAUUCCUUGUCCAUAAAUAAUUCAGCACUCUUCAACUCCUUAGGACCUUCUUUUCGGUCAACAACUUGCCAUCGCUGUGGCUUGUUUGGAUCGCUGAGGUGCUCACAGUGCAAGCAGACCUACUACUGCUCCAUAGCGUGCCAGAGAAGGGACUGGUCCGCACACAGCAUCGUGUGCAAGCCUGUUCAACAAAAUUUCCACAAACAUGAAGAUAGUAAGUCACCUUUUGAAACAAAGAACAUGGAAGUGAAAAAUGAGGGUGACUAUCCUCUUGGAGUUACUAAAGAAAUAGCCAUUGGUGCUGAUAAAAUAAUGUUUUCUGAUUUGAGAAGUCUACAACUCAGGAAAACCAUGGAAAUAAAGGGUACAGUUACUGAAUUCAAACACCCAAGUGACUUUUAUGUGCAGUUAUAUUCUUCAGAAGUAUUAGAAUACAUGAACCAGCUCUCUGCGAGUCUAAAGGAAACCUAUGCACAUACAACUGAGGAGGAUUACAUUCCUGUUAAGGGGGAAGUUUGUGUUGCCAAGUACACUGUUGAUCAGACCUGGAACAGAGUAAUGAUACAAGAUGUUGAUAUGCUGCAGAAGAAGGCACACGUCUUAUAUAUUGAUUAUGGAAAUGAAGAAAUAAUUCCAAUAAACAGAAUUCACCAACUAAAUAGAAACAUUGACUUAUUUCCUCCAUGUGCCAUAAAGUGCUUUGUGGCCAGUGUUAUCCCAGCAGAGGGGAACUGGAGCAGUGAAUGUGUCAAAACGAUUAAGUCACUGUUAAUGGAGCAGUACUGCUCUGUAAAGAUUGUUGACAUCUCCAAAGAAGAAGUGGUUACCUUUGCUGUGGAUGUGAGGCUGCCCAGCUCAGGAAAACUCUUAGAUGAUGUGCUCAUAGAAAUGGGAUAUGGCUUGAAACCCAAAGGACAAAAUUCUAAGAAGCAAAGUGCAGAAGCAAAUGAUCUUGAAGAUGUUGGAAAAAUGAUAGCUGAAAACAGAGUUGUUGUGGAUAGAAGUGAUCUAAUCCCCAAAGUGUUAACUUUGAAUGUAGGCGAUAAGUUUUGUGGUGUGGUUGCCCACAUUCAGACUCCAGAAGACUUCUUUUGUCAACAGCUGCAAAGCGGACAUAAGCUCGCUGAACUUCAGGCAUCCCUUAGCGAAUACUGUGGUCAAGUGUCUCCACGCUCAGAUUUUUAUCCAACCAUUGGUGAUAUCUGUUGUGCCCAAUUCUCAGAGGAUGAUCAGUGGUACCGUGCCUCCAUUUUAGCUUAUGCUUCUGAACAGUCUGUACUGGUUGGAUAUGUAGAUUACGGAAACUUUGAAAUCCUUAGUUUGACGAGACUCUGUCCCAUAACUCCGAAGUUGCUGGAAUUGCCGAUGCAGGCUAUAAAAUGUGUGCUAGCAGGAGUAAAGCCAUCAUUAGGAAUUUGGACUCCAGAAGCUAUUUCUUUGAUGAAGAAGAUUGUGCAGAACAAAAUGAUCACGGUGAAAGUGGCCGACAAGCUGGAGAACAGCUCCCUGGUGGAGCUCGUGGACGAAUCCGUGACGCCUCACGUCAGCAUUGCGCAGGCGCUCAGGGACGCCGGCUUUGCCGUCCGGGAGGCGGGGGUGCUGGCGGAGAAACCCAGUGUCGCGAAGGAAGCCAGCGUUGCCUUGGGUAUAGAAGCAAAACUAAAUUCAUUGGAGUGGACAUGGGUUGAAAUGGCUGUUGACCAAACAGUAGAUGUUGUGGUCUGUAUGAUGUACAGUCCUGGAGAAUUUUACUGCCAUGUGCUUCAAGAGGAUGCUUUAAAGAAACUCAAUGAUUUGAACAAGUCAUUAGCAGAAUAUUGCCAGCAGAAGGUGCCCAGUGACUUUAAGGCAGAAGUAGGGCAACCGUGUUGUGCUUUUUUUGCAGGUGAUGGUAACUGGUAUCGUGCCUUAGUCAAGGAAAUCUUACUGGAUGGAAACAUUAAAGUCCAUUUUGUGGAUUAUGGGAACAUGGAAGAAGUUACUGCAGAUGAACUCCGAAUGAUCCCAUCCAAAUUUUUAAAACUUCCAUUUCAAGGGAUACGGUGCUGGUUAGUAGAUAUACAGCCUAGAAACAAGCACUGGACUGAAGAAGCCAUAGCCAGAUUUCAGACGUGCGUUGCAGGGAUAAAACUCCAAGCCCGAGUGGUUGAAAUCAACGGACAGGGAGUGGGAAUCGAGCUCACUGAUCUCUCCACAUCAUAUCCCAGAAUAAUUAGUGAUGUUUUGAUUGAUGAACAUCUGGUUUUAAAAACUAGUUCGCCACUCAGAGACUUGACAAAUAAUAGAGCCAUUAGUAAAUGUGAUCUUCAAGUUGAUAUCCUGGAGCUUCAAGCCAUUUCUUUCCCUGAGCAGUGGAGGACAAUAGAAUUGCCAGUUAAUAAAACUGUACAAGCAACCAUAUUGGAAAUCAUAAGCCCACACUUGUUCUAUGCUCUACCAAAUGAGAUGCCAGAAGAUCAGGAAAGAUUGUGUAUAUUGACAGCUGAAUUGUUAGAAUAUUGCAAUACUCAGAAAAGCCAAGUGUCUUACAGACCCAAAAUCGGAGAUGCGUGCUGUGCCAAAUACACAAGUGACGACUUCUGGUACCGUGCCAUUGUUCUGGGGACAUCAGAUGCUGAUGUGAAAGUACUCUAUGCAGACUAUGGGAACACUGAAAUUCUGCCUCUUUCCAGAGUGCAGCCAAUUUCCACCAGCCACCUGGAGCUUCCUUUCCAAAUUAUUAAAUGUUCGCUUGAAGGACUAAUGGAAUUGAAUGGAAGCUGCUCUCAAUUAAUCGUAGAACUACUAAAAAAUUUCAUGUUGAAUCAGAGCGUGAUGCUUUCUGUAAAAGGAGUUAUCAAGAAUGUCCAUACAGUGUUGGUUGAGAAAUGUUCUGAAAAUGGAACUAUCAAUAUAGCUGAAAAGCUGGUGACCUAUGGUCUGGCUAAAAACAUCACAUCUAAAAAGCAAAGUGCUUUAAGUACAGAAAAGACCUGCAGGAUGAAUUGCUGUUGCACAGAGUUACAGAAACAAGUUGAAAAACAUGAACAGAUUCUUCUCUUCCUCUUAAACAAUCCAACCAAUCAAAAUAAAUUUAUUGAAAUGAAAAAAUUGUUAAAAAGUUAA